UAUUUUGAAUACAUUUUCUCUGAGAUAAAGAAUGAAAUAAAGAUUGUCCCUUUAUUACACUGCAAAGUUAUAAAAAAAAUCAAUUAAAUUUCCAUCGAAAUCAUGUUUAUUACUUCGUUCAUUUGAUAUGAUGUCAUUUCUCCUUGUAUGAGUGUAACAGUCAAAUACGUAAACAUUAUGAAAUUUUAACAAGAAAUUCUUUUUGCAAAAGCAUAGCAAUUUCUACGCAAUCUUAAUUAGCAAAAAACAGCGUUAAAUAAACCGAGGUUCAUUGCAAUUAUUGUGCGGUUAUACGUUUUGUCUGGCGAUAGUUUUUUUUUAUCAAACUGGUUCCGUCUGGUGAUCCAUGUUAUAUAGGUUAUCCGCAUUAUUAUAAUCUAUUUACUACGAACACGAGAUGAUACCGGUUACGAUGUUACGUGUUUACAUCACUCUUCGCGUUGAAAACAAUUGAAAUCAUUCUCUCUCUGUUUAUUUUGAAUUAACAAGAGAAGAAUUUGUAGCCGUCUUCAAUUGAAUGCAGAUCAAGGCCAAGCAAGUUCAUCUUCAGUACAAAAAAAAGAACAACAUUGGUGUCUGGUUGAUAAUUGAGGGCGUGAGUCCAUCCUUUUUUCCGCGCGUAAUUUGUGUCGGUUGGAUCCAACUCCUUAGUUGUUUAGUGCUGCGCAUGUUCGGCUCGUGUGUGUGAAACAAAAUUCGGUUUCAGUUUAGCAUUGCCAAUCGUUGUAUCCGCACACGGCACACAUUCGAAGGCAAAUUGAGUCAGUGAUAUCACGAGAAUCGUCGAAGUAAGUGCGGUGUAUUACGCGCGGUGAUGAUCACAUGACUAAACCACAUCAACGGCAAUCAGAAGAAAAACAAACGAAAUAAAUUCAAAUCAUCGAACAAACGGAGAGUUCAUUCAAGUGUAAAGAAAAAAAUUCGUUGUAAAUAUUUCCUCCAAACAGCUGAUUCAAUUCGAUCGGUUUUCUUGAGUCACCCAGUUUUCGUAUCGCAACCAGUUGUUCAUUGUGUGUAAACACAAGAUUAUACGCAAGAAUUCGCGCAAAAAAAAGUAGAAUCUAAAUAAAAAGUCGAAUCAGUUGGUGUCUGAGUGUGUAAGCGUGACAAUUACGUAUUGGUAUUUGUAAUGUUGGGCUGGUGAGGUUGUUGCAUUCAAUCAAAGUUUAAAAUUAGCGAUAACAUUCAACAGUGUGAUUUUGUUUCGAUUUGGCACGAAACCAAAAGAAACAACAACGCAACGACGAGAAGCAUCAAUAGCCCCGUCUUGGCGUUAAGAAAUCAUUGUAUCAUCGGUGACAGAAAGUCACAGUCGAUCGCACAUUGCUAAUGAAUUGAAAUAGUGUAUCGCGUGCGACGUUUCACAGCAUUGAGUUGACCCUGUGCGGAACAGUUGAUCUUUGAAACAAAAACAAAAAGAAAUUACGAUACAAAAACGAGAACAAUUUCAAGAUAUGAAUAUUAGUUGUUCGGUGCUCUGAGAAGUGUUCUUUGUUCAAAGUAUUAGCAGAAGUGUGAUAAAUUUACAGACAAACAAAAAAUGGAUAUGUUAAGUACAUUGCCACGGCAUUUGGAUACAAAGGAUCUAUCCAACGAUGCAAACAGUUUGAAUGUGACGAUGCCAGCCGCAGCUGCAGCAGCAUUUCAACUAUCAACUAACUUUUUAAACGCAACACCCGUGAAAACGGAUCAACAAAUAUUGGAAAAUUCAAUGCUUGAAGACGAUCCGAAUGCAAAUUGUCAGUUGGCAACAGCAACAGACACAAAAAGCAUAUGUUAUGAUUCACAAUCAUCUCCUCGAUGGGGACCACAGCACAAGGGCGCUCAAGAGCUAGCUAAUUUAUAUAGUCCAGGCAAACGAAUACAAGAGGUGAUUUGCGUGUACAUGUGCAUUAGUUUAAUGAUAUUAAACUUAUUCCUAAUUAUCCGAUAUUUUCGCUUCGAACGAAUGGGCAUUGUGAUUGCAGCUGCAAUGUGCGGCAUAAUUACGGCCGAUUUUGGCUCUGGCCUAGUGCAUUGGGCAGCUGAUACAUGGGGAUCGGUGGAAUUGCCAAUUGUUGGAAAAGCAUUUUUGCGACCAUUCCGUGAACAUCACAUUGAUCCAACGUCGAUAACGCGCCACGAUUUUAUCGAAACAAAUGGAGACAAUUUUAUGGUUGCUCUACCAAUUUUAGCCGCCGUUGCAUUCAAUUUCCUCACCAAAAGUCCAGCCGACAUACAAGAUCAUUAUCCAAUUAGUGCGUAUUUAUUCCUGUGCUCCAUAUUCGUGGCGAUGACCAAUCAGAUACACAAAUGGUCGCAUACGUAUUUCGGUCUGCCGCGCUGGGUGCUGUUUCUACAGGACAAUCACAUAAUUUUGCCUCGACGACAUCAUCGCAUACACCAUGUGGCCCCGCAUGAAACGUACUUUUGUAUCACAACUGGCUGGCUGAAUUGGCCACUGGAAAAAUUGAGGUUUUGGUCUGGAAUGGAAAAUAUCAUUGAGUAUCUGUUCGGCUGCAGGCCACGAGCCGACGACUUCAAAUGGGCACAGAAAUCGCAAUAAACUAAUGAAAGUGCAGAACGAAAGGGGCUUACCAAAGAAGCAAUGGACAACAUUUUAAAUUAAGCAAUCAAUGAAAAUAGCUUUAAAUCCAACUUUUGGUCCGGUUUUUUUUAAAGAAAGAAAUAGCUUCAUCUCGUUGAUGAAAAAGAGAGCAUACCGAUUUAGCUAAGUGCAUUUGCCAUAAAUACCUCUGAUUUUAGUGAUAAGCUUGUGGGCAUGUAAAAAUGACGCCGCCGAAUUUAUGAUAAAUGUGUAUAAUUCCGAAACAUUAUUUUUUGUAUAGAUUUUGUAUCCCGAUCCACGAAACCUCCAUAAUAUUCACCACAAUCUGAACUGGCGCUGAAAAUGUUUGCAGUAUUUGUUUGUGUCGAAUUGAACCACGGUUAUCGUUGAUUGUAGUCACACUGAUUUUCGUUAUAUGUAAAUGUUCUUAAAUUAUAGAAUGAAAUCCGCCAUAAUGACUCGCAUAUUGUUUGUAUUGCGUCGAAUAUUCUUUGGCAAUCGAAUAUAAAAUUGUUCGUUUCGUUGAUACUGAUGCCAUUGGCAAACGUUGAUCGUAUUGCCGAAAGUUUUUAAUACAAUUUUGUUCCAUUUAGGUUUGUUUUUUGUUUCAGAAUUCUAUCUAUUUUUCCGAUGACUUUUUUCAUAAGUUAGAUUGUAUUUUGUUGACUUUUUAUGUUAUUGAUUGAUAGAAAGUACGAACAAAAACCUGUUCAUAACGCUAAUGAUGUGAACGCAAGCAAUUGUUCUAGUUGUUUUGUAAACCUUUUUGUCGUUAGUAAACAAUUUGGAAAGGUUGUGUUGAAUGUUGGAAAAUAGAUUUAUGACAUGUUUUCACCUGUCGAACACCGAUGGGAACAUACACCCAGUGUGAAUAUCAUGCGGUGAAAUGUGAACCACCCAUCGCAGUGUUGGCGUUGAAAGAAAGAAGAAAAAAAACUUGGACAAACAAAAGCCAAUUAAUAAAUUCUAAUUACACGCGCUUCAUGGAAUGCAACAUAUAGUAUCCAAUGGAUAUGGCCAUUUUUGUUAAUGCACAUAAGCAUUUCAUAUAGAUCAAGUGACGAAGCCGAUCAAUAGCCCAACCUAAUUUAUGAAAUUCAUUAAGUAGUUCGAUGGAAUGCAAUUUAAAGUAUACUUUUCAUGAAAAUUGCUUUAGAGCCAUAUUUUGAUAUUAAAACAAACAGCGUCACUGUUCACUGCACUAUCCCAUCGUUACUAGUUUGCUUUGAUUUUUAACGAUAUAAUGUCUAAACCCAAAAAUGUUGAUAUUUACGUUGUAAAGUCUCGGUAUUUCAUGAACAUAAAAGAAACUCCAAACAUAAUUUGUGAACAGACCGAUUUUGUCGUUUUCACACUGACUCGUUCAGGAGCGUGCUACCAUUGGAGUGAAUGACAUAGUGUUGAAUUGGUUUCGUCUUUGUUUUACGGUUGAGGAAGUUUCGUCGUUUUUUAAUAAAUUCAAUCUGAAAAUCACUAAUUUCUCUACAAUAAAUCAGCACAAUUAUCAACAAAAAUUAUCAAAAAAAUAUUUGAAUUUAUCAAUCAAUAUAACGUUCAUAUUACAAAUCCAGUCCCAUUUCCACUAAAUUAUUGUUGCAAAUGUGACUAUCACUCCAACAAAUGACUGUUGUCGUUACUCAAUUUUAAAAGAAAAGAAAAAAUCGUUUUAUUCAGAUUACUAUUCAAAGCGAGUAGUGCCUUUAGUUGGUAAAUCAAAUGAUGAAAUUACAUUAAGCUUGACUAUAGUUUAUUUUAAAUGUUGAAUUUCACACCUACACUUUCCCUUUGUUUAAAAAGUAAAAACACUGUAACUUUCUAUGUAAAUGAAAAAAAAAGCAUUUCAAAUAAAGUGCAAUCCAUCAUUCAAUCGGGUGGAAAAGCUUGAUGCAAACUAA